UCUAUAAACAGACGUUGCAGAGCUUGAUUUGUUGGAGAUGACUGUUUCGAUAAUGCUAUAUAUAAGACCUUUCAUGCUUACAGAACCAUUGAAAUUCUUCCUUUCUUAUAAUGCUAUUGAGAGGGAAGGCAGCUGCCAUGGAUAGUUUUCUGCAAAUGUUUCAGGCUUCUCCAUUCUUAUUCGUCAGUACUCUUCCUUUAUUAGUCUUCAUCACCAUCUUCUUCUUUACAAAUCCGCGUAGAAAAUUCCCUUACCCGCCAGGCCCGAAAGGGUAUCCCAUUAUCGGCAACAUGAUGAUGAUGGACCAGCUGACUCACCGUGGCCUCGCCCGCCUGGCCAAGCUCUACGGAGGGCUGCUCCAUCUCAAAAUGGGAUCUGUCCAUUUUGUCGCAGUUUCAACUCCAGAAAUGGCCAGAGAAGUCCUUCAAGUUCAAGACAGCGUAUUUGCAAAUCGCUCUGCAAACAUUGCAAUAACUUACUUAACAUACGAUCGAGCUGACAUGGCUUUUGCAAAUUACGGACCCUUUUGGCGCCAAAUGCGUAAAGUUUCUGUCAUGAAGCUCUUCAGUCGACGACGGGCCGAGUCUUGGGCAUCCAUUCAUGAAGAAGUGGAUGCAACUGUCAAAACCGUGACGGAGAGAACUGGUUUAGAGGUUAAUAUUGGUGAGUUGGUGUUUUCUCUGACGAAGAACGUAAUUUACAGGGCUGCAUUUGGGUCGGUUUCUCAUGAAGGACAAGAUGAGUUCGUGAAGAUUAUGCAAGAAUUUUCCAAGCUUUUUGGAGCUUUUAAUAUCGCUGAUUUUUUUCCAUGGCUGGGUUGGAUUCAUGCACAAGAAUUCAACAAGAGGCUCGCCAGAGCUCGAGAAUCGCUCGAUGGGUUUAUUGAUAUCAUAAUUGAUGAACAUAUAGAGAAGAAGAAGAAUGUGAAUGGUGAAGAUGAGAAAGAUGAAGCUGCAGAUGCAGACAUGGUUGAUGAAUUAAUGGCGUUUUACAAUGAAGAUCUUGAUGGGACAAACAACUUAAUUAAACUCACAAGAGAUAACAUCAAAGCCAUUAUCAUGGAUGUGAUGUUCGGAGGAACCGAAACUGUGGCGUCUGCAAUUGAGUGGGCAAUGGCGGAGUUGAUGAAGAGUCCGGAAGAACUACAAAAAGUGCAGGAAGAACUAGCUGAUAAAGUCGGGUUGAACCGGGUUGUCCACGAAUCCGAUCUUGAGAAACUCACCUAUCUCAAAUGUGCCAUCAAGGAAACCCUACGUCUUCACCCACCAAUCCCACUUCUCCUCCAUGAGACUGCCGAGGAGACCGUCGUGUCCGGGUACAAAAUCCCGGCGAAAUCUCGUGUCAUGAUCAACGCAUACGCGAUCGGGCAGGACCCGUCCGCAUGGGAAGACCCGGAUGAAUUUAAGCCCAGUAGGUUUUUGAGGGAGGGUGCUCCAGACUUUAAGGGUACAGACUUUGAGUAUAUCCCAUUCGGGUCGGGUCGGAGAUCAUGUCCGGGUAUGCAACUCGGGUUGUAUGCUUUGGAGUUCUCUGUGGCACAUUUGCUCCAUUGUUUCAACUGGGAGUUGCCAAAUGGAAUGAAGGCAACCGAGCUUGACAUGAGUGACAUGUUUGGACUCACUGCACCAAGAGCGAGUCGACUCAUUGCAGUGCCGAGUUACCGACUGAGUUGUCCACUCACAAUAGUCUAAAGACUCUUAAAGUAA